AGAGACGGGCGGUGUCCGCGCUCUCCCUGUCGUCCCCAACUUUCCCUUGGGUUUGGUUGCCUCCCUCCUCCUCCGCUCCGCCUUGAUCGAUCGGAUUGCGCUCCUCCGUUCCAUCGCAACUGACAUUGCCGCGGCGCGCACGACUUCCACCCUGUCCACCGUCCGCCUCACGCAUAUAUACGCGCGCGCCUGCCUGCCUCCCUCCCCCGCACGCCUCGGCCCGCCCACGCGCUCCGCUCCUCGCCCCUUCCACGCCGACGCCGCCGCGGCCGUGCCCACGGCCGGUGGCUGAUCGGCCGGAAUUCGGCCGGGGGGUGCAGCGCCCGCUUCCCUCGAUCGGAAGCCCGGCGCCGCGGGAUUCAGCUCCGUCCGGCGGCCAGGCAGCUCGCGGAGGCCAGGUCAGGCUUCCCUUUUUGAUUCCACAAAGCUGCCUCCAUUAUGAUCUCGCCAUAUGAUGCUUAACAUUUGUCAGUUUCAACUGUCUUGCUCCUCUAGCUGCAUCAUUGUACUAGAGCAUGGCGAAACUCGCAACUUUCGGCCGUAGUGUCCUUAGGUUUCCAAAUGAAAGCAUGAGGCUUGUUAUGGUAACGAUUAUUGGAGCGGUCCUUGGCUUUUUCAUUGGAAUUUCAUUCCCAUCUGUCAGCAUAACAAAGCUUCACUUCCCAGCUAGCUUUGUUUCAUACAUUGAAGACAAAAACUCUGGGCUGACUACCCAAGCUAUACUCAAUCAUGCUUGGACUUCUGCCAGAAAUGCAAGGGGAAACGGUACCGGACCAAGUUCAAACAGUACUUUAAAGAUUUAUGUCCCAACAAAUCCCAAGGGUGCAGAGAGGCUAGCACCAGGUAUCGUUGUGCCAGAGUCUGACUUCCAUCUACGCAGGUUAUGGGGAGAGCCAAGUGAGGACCUGCCCUUCAAACCAAAGUACCUUGUUACCUUUACUGUUGGGAUAGCACAGAAGGAAAAUAUAAACAGAGCAGUGAAGAAGUUCUCUGAGAAUUUUGCCAUUCUGUUAUUCCACUAUGAUGGUCGGGUGACCGAGUGGGAUGAAUUUGAGUGGUCAAAGCGAGCUAUCCAUAUAAGUGUCAGGAAACAAACUAAAUGGUGGUAUGCCAAGAGAUUCCUGCAUCCUGAUAUUGUGUCAGCUUACGAGUACAUAUUCAUCUGGGAUGAGGACCUUGGGGUGGAGCAUUUUAAUGCAGAGGAGUACAUCAAGCUUGUUGAGAAGCAUAAUCUGGAGAUCUCUCAACCUGGAUUAGAGCCUGAUCGGGGAUUAACAUGGCAGAUGACAAAAAGAAGAGGUGACCGUGAGGUUCACAAGGAUACAGAGGAGAGACCGGGCUGGUGCUCUGACCCUCAUCUUCCACCUUGUGCUGCGUUUGUUGAGAUAAUGGCUCCUGUCUUUUCUAGAGAUGCAUGGAGAUGUGUGUGGCAUAUGAUUCAGAAUGACUUGAUUCACGGUUGGGGCCUGGAUUUUGCUCUCAGGAAAUGUGUGGAGCCUGCUCAUGAAAAGAUUGGAGUUGUCGAUUCACAGUGGAUAGUUCACCAAGUGGUUCCUUCUCUCGGGAACCAGGGGCAGUCAGAAAACGGAAAAGCGCCAUGGGAAGGGGUGAGGGCGCGGUGCAGGAAGGAAUGGGGCAUGUUCCAGACGAGGAUGGCGGAGGCGGAGAAGGCGUAUUACAAGAUGAUGGGUAUCACCCCUCCAAACUCCACGCUCGCCUAGCUCUUGAUAUGAUGCUACAGAAACAAUGGUGGCGGCGGCGGCGGCGGGUGGGCUGAUGAUAUGCUAGUACCACUUUGAUAUAGAGAGGUAGAGACGGUGAGUGCGUGUAGCUGCUGAUGCGAGGUCCUUCUGUAAGUAAACGUGUGGCGAAUUCGUGAUGGAAUGGGAGCUUGUACACGAGGGAUGUUAUCUGAUCUAUACAUAUAUACCAACCGAUUGUUCUGCUCA